AAGCAUAUUUGUUGAGACAAAAUCAUUCUAAAAUUCAUAGGUUAUCAUUCAUACAUACAUACACUAAACACGUUAAAAUUAAGAUGGCAGGGAAAAAAUGUAUUUCUGUUUCAAUAUUUUUGAUGGUUUUAGGAAUGCUAGUAACACCAUUGGUGGCACGCCAAAUCGAUGACAUAGCAUGCCCUGAAGCUCUUUUGUCAUUGUUGCCUUGUCUUCCAUUUUUGCAAGGAACUGGUCCUCCUACACCACCUGGUAACUGUUGUGCUGGUUUAAGUAAUUUGAAUCAAAAGGCUAACACCCCUCAGAUUCGAAAAGAUGUUUGCAAUUGUCUCAAACCUGCUGCUUCAAGAUUUGGAGUCAAAGCUGACAGAUCAAAACAACUGCCGCAACUUUUUAACAUUAACCUUUCCGUUCCUUUUGAUCCUAGCGUCGAUUGCAACUCGGUCCAGUGAUUCUAUAACAUGGGGAAUGUCGAUUGUAAAGAAAUCUUCAAAACCAAACUUGACACCUUCUUAUCUAGCACCUUCUUAUCUAGCGAUAAGAAAAGAUAAAAAUUGUAAUAACUCUAUAUUAGAUAAGUUUUAAGAAGUUUAAUAAAUUAAAAUGGAAUA